UUUGAUCUGCCUGCGCCACCAUAGCCCAGCGAAGCCGCCUGCUGGGGCUGUGUGUGUGAGUGCCGAGAGGCUGCUGCAGGCACAGCCGGAUUCCGCACAGGCUGGGGCUGCCGCGGGGGGAUGCGAGCGGGAGCCAGCCUGGAACUCCGAGAGCGGAAACAGCUGAGCGCGCAGGCGAUACCCUGCAGCCAGCCGGGGAAGGCGAGCGGAUCCGAGGGGGGAGAAUACGGAGCAGGGGGUUGGGGGCACUGGCUCUGGGAAGGUUGGCUGGAUGGACAGAGCCUUGGAUAAAUCCUUUUUAAUCGCACGUCCCUGCUGCCCCCCCGCCCCCUCCGGCAGACACCGCUCUUGCUGCACCAAGAUUACAGCUGGUCUGAUGCUCUAGUGUCUGCAAAGGAGAACUCUGAAAACGUACUCCAGCACCUUGGCCCAGAAGCCCACGAGUUCUGGUGAAGCAGAUUGGGGAGUCCGCAGAAAACGGAGUCAGUGAGAGACAUGUGAAGGAGCGUGAGUUGGCCCUGAGCUCGUGGGUGUGCUGGCCACAAAGCUGGACUGAUUUACUGAAGUUAGUUUUUGAGUGGGGUGAUACUCUCCCUUCACCCAGGUAUGAUGUCGGUUGAAGGAUCUACGAUAACAAGCAGGAUAAAAAACCUGCUUCGCUCCCCAUCCAUUAAACUGAGGAGGAGCAAGCCUAGAAGCAAGCGAGAGGACAUCAGCAGUAAGGUGACCUUGGAGAAAGUGUUAGGAAUAACUGUGUCGGGAGGCAGAGGAUUAGCCUGCGACCCCAGGACCGGCCUUGUCGCAUAUCCAGCAGGGUGUGUCGUUGUGCUCUUCAACCCUAGGAAAAAUAAGCAACACCAUAUUCUAAACAGCUCCAGGAAGACGAUUACAGCUCUUGCUUUCUCCCCUGAUGGAAAGUACCUGGUUACUGGAGAGAGUGGGCACAUGCCAGCCGUUCGGGUGUGGGAUGUGGCUGAACGGACCCAGGUGGCUGAGCUCCAAGAACACAAGUAUGGUGUGGCCUGUGUGGCAUUCUCCCCCAGCUCCAAGUACAUUGUCUCAGUGGGGUAUCAGCACGACAUGAUUGUCAACGUGUGGUCAUGGAAGAAAAACAUCGUGGUGGCGGCCAACAAGGUGUCCAGCAAAGUGACAGCAGUGUCAUUUUCAGAGGACUGCAGUUACUUUGUCACAGCUGGCAACCGCCACAUCAAGUUCUGGUACCUGGAUGACAGUAAAACCUCCAAGGUGAAUGCCACAGUCCCCUUGCUAGGGCGCUCCGGUUUGCUGGGGGAGCUGAGGAACAACUUCUUCACGGAUGUGGCCUGCGGAAGGGGUAAAAAAGCAGACAGCACUUUCUGCAUCACCUCCUCCGGCCUCCUCUGUGAAUUCAAUGAAAAGAGGCUGCUCGACAAGUGGGUGGAGCUGAGGACUACUGUGGCGAACUGCAUCUCUGUGAACCAUGACUACAUCUUCUGUGGCUGCGCUGAUGGCACGGUGCGGAUUUUUAACCCUUUGAACCUUCACUUCGUCACUACGUUGCCGAAGCCGCACUUCUUGGGAAUGGACAUUGCCAGCGUCACUGAAGCCAGCCGUCUCUUCUCUGGUAUGGUGGAUGCCAAGUAUCCAGAUACAAUUGCCUUGACCUUCGACCCUACCAACCAGUGGCUAUCAUGCGUUUACAAUGACCACAGCCUGUAUGUGUGGGAUGUCAAGGACCCGAAGAAAGUGGGCAAGGUUUACUCUGCCUUAUACCACUCUUCCUGCGUGUGGAGUGUUGAGGUGUAUCCUGAAGUGAAGGACAACAAUCAGUCUUGCCUGCCCCCAAGUUCAUUCAUCACCUGCUCUUCUGAUAACACCAUCCGUCUGUGGAAUACAGAGAGUUCCAACAUCCAUGGCACAGCUCUGCACCGGAACAUCCUCAGCAAUGACCUGAUGAAAAUCAUCUAUGUGGAUGACAACACUCAGGCCCUGCUGGACACUGAUUACAACUCUGGUGGGAGUGCAGACAAGGCUGACAUCCAGGCCUUGGACACAAAGGUGGGGAUUCGCACACUCUGUGUGAGCCCCAGUGGAGAGCACCUAGCCUCGGGCGACAGGAUAGGCACUCUCAGGAUCCAUGAGUUGCAGUCCCUAAGGGAAAUGCUGAAGGUGGAAGCCCAUGACUCGGAGAUCCUCUGCCUGGAGUACUCCAAAUCUGACACAGGGUUGAAGCUCCUGGCAUCAGCCAGUCGGGACAGACUGAUCCACAUCUUGGAUGCUGGGAAGGAGUACAGCCUGCAGCAGACACUAGAUGAGCAUUCAUCUUCCAUCACAGCUGUGAAGUUUGCAGCCAAUGAUGGGAAGGUGCGAAUGAUCAGCUGUGGAGCGGAUAAGAGUGUCUAUUUCCGCACUGCACAGAAGACGGGCGAUGGGGUCCGGUUUACCCGGACACACCACGUUGUUAGGAAGACUACUUUGUAUGACAUGGAUGUUGACCCCAGCUGGAAAUAUGCUGCUAUUGGCUGUCAAGACCGUAACAUCAGGAUUUUCAACAUAAGCAGUGGGAAGCAGAAGAAGCUGUACAAGGGAUCCCAAGGUGAAGAUGGCACCCUCAUUAAAGUGCAGACUGAUCCCUCAGGUCUCUACAUUGCAACUAGCUGCUCUGACAAGAACCUCUCCAUAUUUGAUUUCUACUCCGGCGAGUGUGUGGCCACAAUGUAUGGGCACUCAGAGAUUGUAACUGGGAUGAAGUUCAGUAACGACUGCAAACACCUGAUCUCUGUCUCUGGUGACAGCUGUAUCUUCAUUUGGCGCCUGAGUUCUGAGAUGACCAUCAGCAUGCGACAGCGGCUAGCUGACAUGAAGCAAAGAGGGAAGCAGGUGGAGAAAUCACCACCACACAAGACAGCUGGACUUAUCAGGCACGAAUCCACCUCUGUUCUAUCGCCAGUGCCAGUGCUUUCAUCAGACAGCGACAAAGAUGGUGAAGAUGAAGGAAAUGAUGAAGACGAGUUAAAUGGGCUACAGUCUUUCCAAAUUCAAUCCAGCUGCAACCCUGAGAGAGACUCAGAUCCAGACCUUUCCCUCUCAAGAAGCCUCUCCCAUUGGGAAAUGAGGAGGGCGAAAGAGAUUGCAGAGAUCCAGCGUUCAGAGACUGCAAUGAACAAGAUUCCCCGGCAGCGGGGCCGUUGGUCCCAGCCAACCAGUAACAUAGAGAUGACGGUUAAAUCCAUGCUGGACUUACGCCAGCUGGAGUCUUUCUCAGUCUCUCGAUCUCCCAGUCGAGACUCGCUGUCCCAGACCAGCAAUGGGGAUGACAGAGAAGAGCAUGCUGAUCUCUCUCUGCACGUCAACAAGGUUGGAGACUCCAUAGCUCCUCAGGACAGCCGGCCUUGCGUCCGACCUCAAAUGAUUCGGCUUGUGUCCUGUGAAGAGGGGGUUUUCACUCAGGAACUGGAGCCCUUUGAGAGUGAGGAAUGUGUAAUCUACCCUGAACAAGAUGAGAUCCACCCCACCGACAGCAGCAGUGAGUUCCAGGUAAAAGCGCUGCCCCACGGGAAGCUAGUUAGAGGUUACCACAGCAACGGAUGCCCUGAUAAGCACAGUCCUGACAGUGCUUGCUCUGUAGAUUACAGUAGCAGUCGUCUCUCCAGCCCAGACCAUCCAAACGAAGAUUCUGAGAGUACAGAGCCUCUCAGUGUGGAUGGCGUCUCAGACCUGGAGGAACAAGUGGAUGGGGAGGACGAGGAGGAUGCGGGCACUAGCAUGCUGGAGGGAGAGGUCCCCAAGACUCCAGAUCAGGAGAAGUUCCUCAAGCAGCAUUUUGAGACUCUGGUCAAUGGUGGUGAAAAAGGUGGAUCAUGUAGGACCCUGGAGAGAACUGAAAAUACCAGCAUUUCUUCUCGCUUUCUCUCCCAGUCCCCAGCUCUCAGGCGUUUGUCACGCUCCUCAUCAAAUCUGAUACUGGAUCAAAAGCCCAUUGAGGCUUCAGCCCAGUCAAAGCAGGUUUCUGUUGACCUGCUGAAAAAUGGGAACAGCCAUCGUAAUGCUGCCUUGGAGAAUGACAGCCUUGUGGAUGGUGUAAAUUCCUACCGGUCCAUUUACACCCAAAGAAAACGGAAGUCAGCAGUGGAGACCAAUAGGCUUGCCAUGGGACCUGGAAGAGUUAUUGCACCCUUUCCAGAGGGUACUGGGAAUGCGGGGAUGAGGAAGUGCCAGUCAGUUCAUGACCUCCUUCACGAUGAUAAGAAUCCAGGAGUGAUAUCCUCUACCAAGCAGCGUCCUCAGACACUAGUGGUGGUUGAGAAGGAUCCAAAACCUAAUCAUUGCAGGCCAUUGUCUGCAAGCCUGCUGAAGAUGGAUGGGUCCAGCUCCCUCCUGGUCAAAGACAGUAAGAUUGUAAAAUCAAAGUCCUACAUGAAUCCCACAACCAGCUUCAUGGCCAAGAUGUCACGCAGCAUCUCUGUAGGGGAAAAUCUAUGCCUUGGUGACUCUGUCGAAACACUAACUGAGGAGAGGACCAGCCCACAGGGGCCUGAGAAGACACACAUAACUCCCCCAGCAGAGACUGAGAAGAACAAGCCACCUACAAAAGAGAAUUUCCCAGGGAAGCCAGCCCUUCAGCAAGUUGUAAGCUGCUCAUCACCCAAGUCCUUCCACAGCAAGUUGGCAUCAUCAAACCGAGCACAUUUGAUCCUUGACAUCCCCAAACCAUUGCCUGACAGACCCACCUUAGCUUCUUUCUCACCCACCGCCAAAUCCAAAACUCCACUCGAACCGGAGUCUCCUCAGUCACCUGCUGGGGUCUGUAAAAAGAAAUCUUCUCUUCUUGAGGGACGGGCCUUCAAGAGGGAGAGCCCAACUGCUGUGUCUGUUGCUAAAGAGAGCCCAGUGGAGAAUCCAGCACUGAGGAUAGAUCGCCAGGAUGAGCCAGGGGUCACUAAUCCAAAACUGAAAGAGUUUUCAGAAGGCUUGCACCCAAGGUCUCCUGAAAGCACAGUGCCCAGAUGCAGAGAGAGGUUCUCCAGCAUUGGCUGUGUGCUAGACAACCCACUUGGACUUUGCCCACUAGACCCCAUCAGGCCAAGGUCUCCCACAACAGUGUCUGCCUCGGCACAGAACUCAGGUGUGCACGGAUACCCAUCUCUAAUCUUCUUCCCCCUUCUGUUUCCUGUCUUUGUGAACCGCUUCACGAUUCCAUCACAUUUCUUUACGUCCAGCUUCUGGCCUGUCUCGUCUUGUCUGCACCUGUCUCGUUCCAUAAGUCAUCCCCUCAAUGAACGUCGCAUCAGCAUUGAGCAGUGUGAACAUGUUGUAUCUGAGCUCCAGGACAGCAUGCGCAAGGCUAUUCACCUUUACCACCUGGUAUCAAUGGACAUGGAGUCUUCCACUGACAAAGAUAAGAUUGCUGGCCUCCUAACGGACACGUUCUCCGUGAUGAAGAAAGAACUAGACUCCCUGAAGGAAGGAGAAGAGCUCCAAAGGGCCAAGAAGAUGCUGGUGAAGCCACAAGAUGCCAUUAGGUCGCUGAAUGAGGGACGUGGUGCCACCCUGUCCAGUCCUAGGCGUUUUGGGGAUGAGCAGACUCUGGCUUUGCUGGAACAGUACUCGGAGCUGUUACUACAAGCUGUGGAACGGCGCAUGGACAAAAAACUGUAAAGGGGUGGUGGUUGGAAAAAACAUGUUUUGAGUAAAACUGAUAGCUCCCUAGAAAUAAUCCCAGGAAGACCACCACAGUGGAAGCCUCAGAGAAGUGCUGUUGUCACCCUGAUCUAUGGAGGGAGAGACCUUUUUAAACUGAUCUUCUCAGCCCCAUAGAACAGGUGUUAUCCUAGUUUUUAGCAAUGUGCUGGCCACAGUUUUAAUCACUUCCCCAAUACUCUUCAGCAUCCAGUUUGUGAACACAGCCUGGAAAGAGGCUGUAGAGAAGUUGCUUGGAAAUCUCUCCAUAGCCAGAUGUUUGGCAUCUCCUGUAAGAACAAAAAAUAAAUUCAGUUUGCCCAAGAAGCUCUGAACUGCUGACUAACAAAAGGGGCCCGGAUGAAGCCAAUCACUCCCUCCCAGGGCUUCAUCAGAAUCCAAAGGCAGACUUUUAAACCUUCUAUUUAUUAAUUUAUUUUUCUGACGUUUGCUCUAACUGUUUCCUGAGUAUUUGGUGGCCAUUUCCUUCCCUUUUCAAACAAACCAUUUUUUCUCCUUUGCCACAUCCCAGCGAGACACAAUCUCUGUAUUAUAGUAACCCCUAACAGCAGAGGCAGGCUGGAGUGUCUGUGCAAUUACCAAACUGGUCUUCUCUGCUGCAACCUGUCUUGCUGAUCUUCCUUUCCCCAUCCCUGGCUUGUUUCCUGCAGUAAUCCUGCUGUUGUGAUGACGACGCUGUUGGCUUUUCCUUUUGUUUCAAAGACCGUCUGGGAUAUAAUUUAUCUCCACUGUCCUCUGACGGGGGAGGAUUUCCUACCCCUUGGAUCAAGUUGUGGGGAUUAGGUAACAAGAACAUCGUGGCUUUUUAAAUGAGCUUUGGCGUUUUAUCUGUGCUCAAAUACUUGAGAUUGGGUUUUCAUCAGACAUUAAAAAGAAAAGGGUUGAAAUAAUGUAGGAAAAUGAAAAGACAGCUGUGAAGUUCCUUUUAGCCAUGUUCUGAGAAUGGAAUUGGAUACUGAUCUCUUGAUGCUAAUGAGAGUGUGGUGAAGGGGGUGGGUUGGAGGUGAAUGAUUUUAUUGGGAGAAGUUAAGUGGGAGGCAAGGCCUCCAUCUCUUUUAGUGAAGCCCUCGCUCAGAGUGAUCACCCAUGCAACUGCUGUUCCCUCCCAGUUUGAUGCUUUCAUUGUCCUGGUAGGAAAGACAGUCAAUAGGUUCCACUUUCUCUACACGGAAAACAGAAUAUUCUUAACCUUCCAGGGGAGCAGAGAAUAAUUUACCUUUUCUAACAGACUACAGAAAAUGAUCUUCUGGGAGUGCUGAGCAGCCAGUAUCGGAUAUUGUGGGAUGUAAUUAUCACCAUCCUUCCCCUACCCCUUCAUGGGUCUCUUAAUGGAGAAAUAGAAAACCUUGCCCCUGUGAAAUUCUGUGUGCAAUAGCCUUCUUGCCUUAUCAGACUUCUCCAAGCUGGCAAUAAUGUGUUUAUUGUCAUGGCUUACAAGUAUCCAGUGUUGCUAUUGGUCAGUAUCAAUAAGUUAGUAAAAUAGGAUGCAGUGUAGGUGGAUCCAUAUCAAAGCAGUUGGCUACUCAGGGGGAUUAUUUCAUUUUCUUUCUCUGCCUUCAGUCUUCCUCUUAAAAAAACAUAGAGCAGUACAGUCCCAGCUUGUGAAACUCUAGUAUCCAGCUUAGCCCUGGAUAUAAAUGUUGGCUGGUAUCAGCAAAAGCCCUUUAAAGCUCGCCAGCCUCCAAAGAUGUGUUCCAUGGUCACAGACUUGAAGCAGAUUUUUCUGUAGUUGGUUUGGGGCAAGCUGGCCAUCAUUUUGGUCUUGUGGUUCUCUGGAAUGGGCCUGGCUUUUCUUCACUGCACUUGGAAACUGGGGACUUGCAGUGCAGCCUUUUCUCUACAGGGAUGACUAGUCUGGGGCCAGCUGGCCCAUUUCUUCACUGCACUCCAGGACUGAGGACUUGCAGUGCAGCCAUUUCUCUGCUUGCUGGCUGGCCAUCAGUUCACUGAGCUACAGGAUUGGUGACUUGAGGUGCAGGAAGCCCUUUCAGAGCCUUUCAACUGGUUCCGCCUAUCCUCUGAUUAUCUGUCCAAACGUUUCAGGUGUCCUCUCAGACCUCUAGUUCAGUAGAGUUGUACUGUACUGUACUUCAAGGUUUAAACCUCGGAUUGCUGUGCUGCUAAUCCCCACCCACCAUUGUGUUGUGCUGAAUCGUAUGGUAAACUGGGAUUUUGUGGGCAGCAUCUAUGGCAAAUGGAAAGGAGCUGUUUGCAUAGGAAUGAAGUGAAGAAAUUGGAAGAAAUCUCUGGGAGCUUCCUUAGGUGGAGGGGGUAAGGAUGCUCACGAAUGGAAUGUGAGAUGGCAAUCCUGUUGGUUCUCUGAUGGGGAUAGUCUGGGUAAGGCUGACUGUGAGUCAACCAGCUGUUCUCACUCCACUUUCAGACUGUGAAAACAUAUGUGCCAGUCCACGGGAGGUUUCUUGCUGGUAUUGGGGCACAGACACUCAGGUAAAAUAGCAGUACCUUCAGCCCAGGCAUCUUCUGGUACUGGAAAUACUGGUUUGAGGGUUCUUUAUAUGCCUUCCCUUGUAGAAUUGAUUCCAUUUUAUUAUUAUUUGUAUUUAAACUAUGAGGUGGUGACACCGGAUUGGAAAGAGUGCUGCAGAGCAGAUGGUUGGAAUGAAUAGAAUAUGUCCCAAAGCCGUUCCUGUUAGAUACAGUAAUCCAGUCCAUGGUGUACCUUGGACUGUCGUAGGUGAAAAGCAGCAGCUAUCAGGAUUCACAGUAGUGUCAGAUAGGACUCCCUCAGAGUCAUUCACAGGGAGUGAGUUUAAAAAGAAAAUAGGAUUUUUGUGCGUGCUGGAUGUGGACUUUGCCUGGGUCAUGGGAGUAGGUGGGAAAACAAACAGGGGCAAGUGUCUAGUUAGAACUGUGGUAGGGGUAGGCUCAAGCAAGUAGAUCAGGAGGGGAAUCUACGGGGUGUUUAAGCUUUAAAAUAAUUAGAAAGCAGAGUCAGGGCUUCCAGGAGAAUAGUGUUAGGAAUAGAAAUAGGCUUGGCUUCAAGAACAUAGGGUGGCCAAUAAAAGCCUUGAAGGGGGCUAUGAAAGAUGUAGUGCAGCAGAGGCAGGGCUUCAGGGAAGUAGAACCAGGACUGAGUUUAGAGGCAUGAAUUAAAGAAUAGGUGGGGUAGUUGUUUUGUUUAAUGCCUUUUUAUUGAGCCCCUUUUUUCCUACCUGCUCUCAUGAAACAGCUGUUUCUUAGAAGGUGUGGGAAGGCUACGGGAUGUAACCUCAACCAUUUGCUUAAGAUUUAGCAUUAACAGGUGUUGUGAAGCUAAAGACCUAUAAAUCAAAGUGAUAUCCCAAGUUGGGUGGUGAGAAGGGGUGAAGGGAGAAAGUGUUGCAGAGAGAGAACUUGAUUCAGUUGAUAUAUAGAUAUAUAUGACAAUUCCCUCAUGAUUUCCCAUUGCUGGCAGUAAGAAGUGUGAGGAAAAAUUGCAGUUUUGAGAACAAAGGGAGUCCUCAAUAAGAUAGUGCAGUUGGUAGCUGCAGGCCACAAUGCUUACAUUUGACCUGCAUGUACAGCAUACACCUUCAUCAUAGGUUAUUCCAUACUCUGGAGGGAGAAAUCCUGAACAAUGAUUGGUGGCUGGCAAGUGAAGAGGAUUGUGGGAGGAGGCAAUUUUGGAGCCUGGACCCAUUAUAGAUUUGUGCACGCACGCACGUGUGUGCGCAGAUGUAACAUAUUAAAGGAAAUUAUUGUUUAGCAAAACCUUUAAAGAAUUUGGGCCUACCACUCUGUCCUCUUUGCUUAACCACCAUCCCUAUCAGGACGUUCCUGGUUAAAAUUACGAUAGUUUUUUCUUCUCAUCUUGAUGUAGCUUGUGUUACUUUUCCUGGAGGAGCUCUUAAAACAAUGCACAAAGACCUGUGAACAGGGUGGUGCAGUGGAAAGUACUUGAAUCUGACAAGACAGCAACCCCUUUGUGUUUUGUUCCCUCUAAAGCCAACUCGCGUUUUUUGUGGAACAUUGAGACGCACAGCUGGUGCUCUUACAUGAGUCUGCAUUUCUUUCACUUUCUCUCUCAGGUAGUCUCCUUUCUGAGGAAUCUCCCAAGUAAUGGUUGGGGUAGGUCUUUUAGCACUCUCCUCACUCUUCUGAUCUCAUCAAAUCUCUGAGGAAGCAGUAUAAGGAGUUGAAACAUUAUGAACUUUAAAUUUUAAAGUACAUUUUAAAAAUAAAAAACAGAAGAGGAGGUAUUUAAACGCUGUUGGUAUACUCCUGCAUUUGUAAGGUUUUUUUUUCUCCCACUUGGGGUGCAGUAUCCCAGAUAUUAAAUGAUAAAAACCUCAUUUAGAAGAAAAAAAUAAAAACACAGGACUUCUUGCAGCCCUGGAGUGCUGUUGAGCAGAUGUAGAUAAGACUAGAAUGUCCAGAAUUCCAGACUGCUUGUUGUAAAUAAUAUACCGGAUUGGAUUGCAUAUUCGUGUGGGUAACCUGCUGUUAAAGCAUGGACAAAGAUGCAUGGGGCAGCGACUUUAGGAACAAGCCAUGUCCACUCUGCAUGUCUUAGUUAUGCCAUAGGCACCAGACAAAGAACUCUUUACCUGUGUUUUUCAACACUACCUUUUUUCCUCCACCGUUUUAAAAACAUAAAAAGAAACAAAAACAAAAUCUUUAUUUAUGAAUGCGUGUUUUUUUUAUACUUUGGCUUUAGGUAAAAACAAAUUAAAUCUUUAAAAUGUCUUUUUUUUAAUUAUUUGGAAAAAAAACUGUUUGUGGGAAUUUUGCACUGUGAGGCACCUGUCUGGGGGCUGUUUUUAACUCUGUAUUCAUUUGUACUCUGUGUCUUAAACAGUUUCAAUAAAAAUGUGAUCAUUUGUUACAAA